AUGCUUGUAGCGGUUCUCCUUCUCCUUCCCCAGUUCUCCUUCCCCUUCCCCAGUUCUCCUUCCCCUUCCCCAGUUCUCCUUCCCCUUCCCCAGUUCUCCUUCCCCUUCCCCAGUUCUCCUUCCCUUCCCCAGUUCUCCUUCCCCUUCCCCAGUUCUCCUUCCCUUCCCCAGUUCUCCUUCCCCUUCCCCAGUUCUCCUUCCCCUUCCCCAGUUCUCCUUCCCCUUCCCCAGUUCUCCUUCCCCUUCCCCAGUUCUCCUUCCCCUUCCCCAGUUCUCCUUCCCGCCUUCCGCAUUCUUACCUCCUCCCCCGGUUCCUCUCAAACGUUUUGUCCGCCCACAUUCCCCCUCCCUUCCAUCGACCCGGACCUGCUGGAGCUGAGGCGGUUCAGCGCCUUGGAUGACCCGAACCUGCUGGAACUGAGGCGCUUCAGUGCGUUGGAUUUGGCCUCUCCGCUCAAAUUCGUGGGCAACUGGGUGCACCGCAGAAGCUACUUCUCCUGGUGCAAGAGCUCCCUCUCCUCUCGUCCCCCCUCGUUCCCUCUCGUUUCACUGUGCCUCCACCCUUCCCCCCUCCCGCCGCGCCCCCCUCCAUCCGCGCCCUUUCCCCCUUCUCGCUCUCAGGAUGUCUCCGGAUUUGGCUGCAAAGGUGCAAGAGCUCCCUCUCACCAUGGAGAACCAUCAGGUAACUUCCGGUUUUCCGACUUUCCUCCCCCCCUCUCUUCGCACCUCUCGCUCUAUGUCAUGAAAGGUGCAGAAGCUACCCUUCUCUGUGGAGAAGCAUUCCAUUGUUCAGGACGGCCCCUCGGACGGCACCACGGUGCAUCGCUUUCUCUCCAACAGCAAGCUGAGGGAUUUCUUCUUUGUUCUCACCACCUCGUUCGAUAA